UCCAGGGAUUGGGGCGUGCUUAUCGGCGCCUCUGACUGGGAGAUACGGAGAGGGAGAGAGGAUCACUCUGGGCUCUGAUACGGUCCACUCACUUUAACGGGACACGAGCUUUGCUUUGAUAGCCGGUCGCGAAGUAAACUCCGUCUCGCUAAUCUGGAGAAAUCCUCCGCUCGGCUCAGCUCUCCGAUGGAGCGGUGGAAAGGCAGAGUGGCGCUCGUGACCGGAGCCUCGGUCGGGAUCGGAGCGGCUGUCGCGCGCGCUCUCGUCCAGCAGGGCAUGAAGGUGGUCGGGUGCGCGCGCAGCGUCGAUAAAAUAGAGAAGCUGGCAGCUGAGUGUCAGAGUGCGGGCUACAGCGGCACUCUGAUCCCGUACAAAUGUGACCUGUGCAACGAGGAGGAGAUCCUCUCCAUGUUCUCGGCCAUUAAGACCCUGCUUCAGGGGGUGGACGUGUGCAUCAACAACGCCGGCCUGGCUCACAACGAGCCUCUGCUGAGUGGCCGCACUGAGGGGUGGAAGAACAUGCUCGAUGUGAACGUUCUCGCUCUGGCCAUCUGCACGCGCGAAGCCUACCAGUCCAUGAGGGAGAGAAACGUGGACGAUGGACACAUCAUCAACAUCAACAGUAUGGCAGGACACAGGAUGGUCCAGAGUGCUGACGCGCAUUUCUACUGCGCCACCAAAUACGCAGUGACGGCACUUACUGAGGGGCUCAGACGGGAGCUGAGGGAGGCCAAGACACACAUCCGUGCCACGUGUAUAUCCCCUGGCAUAGUGGAGACCGAGUUUGCCUUUAGACACCACAACAGUGAUCCAGAGAAAGCUGCUUCCGUGUAUGAAAGUAUAAAGUGUUUGAAAGCUGAAGACAUAGCCAACGCCAUCACCUACGUCCUCAGCGCCCCUCCACACGUCCAGAUCGGAGACGUGCAGAUGCGGUCGGUGGAGCAGGUGUCCUAGUGGCCGGACUGAGACGCGCCGAUGGAGAGCGGAGAAGCCUCGGAGAAGCAGUGUCUCUCUGGCAACACCUGCUGGACAAACUGUACAAAUAGAUUUGAAACACAGAAUCGAAAGGGAAUUGGGGGGUUUGUGUGUGGUUUGAGGAGAAAAAAAACGUAGCAAAUCUGAAAAAUACGAAGCUUGUGUGAGAGGGAACUGCUCCAUGAGAGAGGGAGAGGAAAUAGAGAGAGAGAGAAAGCGAGAUAAUUGGUUCUGUUCCAAUUUACACAAACACUGCUGCCUCAAUGUGACGGGAAUCUUUUUUUUUUCUUUUUUUUUAGUCGAGGGAAACUGGGAAAACAGAAACAAGGACCAUGUAGGGCUGAAAAAAUGGUCCCCACUUAUGACCACAGACCAGAAUGCUAUCGGUUGCACAGUUUUGUUUUUUUUUUCCCCUUCAUUUUUAAGGUUAUUUGACAUAUCUGUCACAAAAUAGGUGCAUUCAUCUCAUAUAAAGCCUUCUAAUCCACUGAUAUCGUGAUAGAAUAUCGGCUACUUCGAAGUGAUUUAAAUCUAUACGUCCUUAAAGUAAUGUAUUCCCAAAACGACAGGCAAGUAUAUUCUUGAAGCUGUUUCUAAUCAUUUUUCUCAAUUGUUUUCCCGACAAAAUUCGUCUUAGAUAUAAUGUUAAAUGUGAUUAAAAUUCUCAGAAGCCGUUAUUAGAUUAUUAAAGUUUGCCCAUAAAUAAUAAAAAAUAUUUUCUUUCCUUCCAGAAACCCAACUUCCGUCUGCUUUUACCUACAAAGAGUUCGCCCUCAUAUCCCAGUUCUAUCCACCGAUCAGCUGCUGUAGUAUAAGACAUUACCGAUGUUUUAUAAGACUUUAUAUGACUCCCCUACGAUGCAUUAGAAUUGCUCUGAGUUGCUAGCGCAUUGAUUACUGUAUUAUUAUUAUUUUUUUUUUUUUUACAAGUAUUCUAACUUUAGAUUGUAUGUAGAUGUGUUUCUCAUAACGUGUAAACUCUGCUCAUUCGCAACCGAUCAGGAGAGCCUGAGCUUUAUACAUUUGCAUUCGAACAAGUGCUUAAGGUUUUUUGGGGUUUUUUUGGAAGCCUGCAUCCAGUGCAUGAUUUUUAUCCAACCCGAGGAGGCGUUCUUGAUGAAUAUCUUGAUGUCAUGACGUAGAAUUGGUUUUUGCACUUUGGACUUUGGAGAAAAGAAAAAACAAAACAAAACAAAACAACAACCACUGACACCUUUCCUAGAGACAUGUGACUAACUUUUAUGUGUGCACAUUAUAAAAGAAGCUCCACCCUUUGUUCAUGUGUACAGAUAAGAUAUUCUUGUGAACAACAUAAAUCGAAAAAGAUUAUUAGUGCUGUGAA